CUAGCUUUAUCUAUCCUUACUCUUUUCCAGCCACUUAACACUUGGCUAGGCUAGCUCUCCUCCUCUGCAGUACGUAGCAAGCAGCCAUGGCCGCCCUCUCCUCUGCAGCCGUGUCCGUCCCUUCCUUCGCCGCCGCCACCCCCAUGCGCAGCAGCAGAAGCAGCAGGAUGGUUGUGCGCGCUUCCCUGGGCAAGAAGGCCGCCAGCGCGGCCGUGGCCAUGGCCGCCGGCGCCAUGCUGCUGGGCGGGUCCGCGAUGGCACAGGACGUGCUCCUGGGUGCCAACGGCGGCGUGCUGGUGUUCGAGCCCAACGACUUCAGCGUCAAGGCCGGCGAGACCAUCACCUUCAAGAACAACGCCGGGUACCCGCACAACGUGGUGUUCGACGAGGACGCCGUGCCCUCCGGCGUCGACGUCUCCAAGAUCUCCCAGGAGGAGUACCUCAACGCCCCCGGCGAGACCUUCUCCGUCACCCUCACCGUCCCCGGCACCUACGGCUUCUACUGCGAGCCCCACGCUGGGGCCGGCAUGGUCGGAAAGGUCACCGUCAACUAAUGAAGCUACCAAUUUGGGUCGAUUGAUCGCUCAAAUUGGACGUGUCGUGCAUGCAUCAUAUUGAUUAAUUGUACGCUAUAUGUAUGUAUAUGUUUUCUACUCUACUCUACUCUACUCUAUAAGAUCGAUGAGGCUCUUCGUGAUAA